AUGGAUGGUUUCACAAAGGAGCAAGAAGCUUUGGUGAAUAGCUCAUGGGAAGCAUUCAAGAAAAACAUUCCUCAACUUAGCAUUUUCUUCUAUACCUUGAUAUUGGAGAAAGUACCUGAUGCAAAGGACAUGUUCUCGUUUUUGAAAUACUUUGAUGUAAUACCACAUAACAAUUCAACACUCGAGGCACACGCCGAAUUGAUUUUUGAAAUGACGCGUGAUUCAGCUGUUCAACUUCGAGCAAAAGGAAAAGUAGAUGUAGCUGAUGAUGUUACAUUAGAAUAUUUGGGUUCUGUCCAUGUUCAAAAAGGUGUCAUUGAUCUUCAUUUCAUGGUGUUUAAAGAAGCUAUGUUGAAAACAAUAAAAAAGGCUGUGGAGGAUAAAUGGAGUGAGGAAUUGGAUUGUGCUUGGGGUAAAGCCUAUGAUGAAUUAGCUGCUGCAAUUAAGAAGGCAAUGGGAUGGCCAUAA